CACCUCCGCCAGUCCCGGGCGCCAGAGUCCCUCCGCUGCCGACGGGAUGUGGGCCGCGCUGCCGCUGCUCUGCGCCGGGGCCUGUCUCCUGGGAGCCCCGGCCCGCGGCGCCGCCGAGCUGUCGGUGAACUCCUUAGAGAAGUUUCACUUCAAGUCAUGGAUGGCGAAGCACCAUAAGACAUACAGCCGGGAGGAGGAGUACCAGCACAGGCUGCAGACAUUUGCCAGCAACUGGAGGAAGAUAAACGCUCACAACAACGGGAAUCACACAUUUAAAAUGGCAGUGAACCAAUUUUCAGACAUGAGCUUUGCUGAAAUAAAACACAAGUACCUUUGGUCAGAACCUCAGAAUUGCUCAGCCACCAAAAGUAACUACCUCCGAGGUACUGGUCCCUAUCCACCUUCCAUGGACUGGCGGAAAAAGGGAAAUUUUGUCUCACCCGUGAAAAAUCAGGGUGCCUGCGGCAGUUGCUGGACUUUCUCCACCACGGGGGCCCUGGAGUCUGCGAUCGCCAUUGCAACUGGGAAGAUGCUGUCCUUGGCCGAGCAGCAGCUGGUGGACUGCGCCCAGGACUUCAACAAUCACGGCUGCCAGGGGGGUCUCCCCAGCCAGGCUUUCGAGUACAUCCUGUACAACAAGGGAAUCAUGGGUGAAGACACCUACCCCUACCAGGGCAAGGACAGUGACUGCAAGUUCCAGCCCGGAAAGGCCAUCGGCUUUGUCAAGGAUGUCGCCAACAUCACAAUCUAUGACGAGGAUGCGAUGGUGGAGGCCGUGGCCCUCUACAACCCCGUGAGCUUUGCCUUCGAGGUGACACACGACUUCAUGAUGUAUAAACGGGGCAUCUACUCCAGUACUUCCUGCCAUAAAACUCCAGAUAAAGUUAACCACGCAGUACUGGCUGUUGGGUAUGGAGAAGAAGACGGGAUCCCUUAUUGGAUCGUGAAAAACUCUUGGGGUCCUGAGUGGGGAAUGAACGGGUACUUCCUCAUCGAGCGUGGGAAGAACAUGUGUGGCCUGGCCGCCUGCGCCUCCUACCCCAUCCCUCUGGUGUGAGUCGUGGCAGCCGAGCGGCGGACUGGCAGAGAUGGAGAGGAAUGGGCAGCCUGGGCCUGGGUGGAGAUCCUGCCCUGGAGGAAGCUGUGGGGAGAUGGACCGGGCUGCCCAGCUUUCUGCCCUCACCUCCGUGUGCAGCCUGGAAACCUACAGAGAAGAAGGAGUUCCACCAUGAGCUCACCCGCAUCUGUGACCCAGAGGUCACCAGCCGUGUGCCUUAGUGUCGUUCUUAACAGACUCAAACCACAUGGACCAUGAAUAUUCUUUCUUUCCAGAAGGGCUACUUUCCACACACAGAGUGCUCCGUGCACUCUCUUUCUGUAUUCAUUGUUCAAUAAACACUGAAUGAUCACCUCCCUGAUGGA